CUCCGCUCUCCUUUCAGCUGCAGGCUAACGAAGCCACGAAGAAGAAUGUUGUGAACAAGGAAGUCAGUAUUUUACAGGAAAUCAGCCAGCUGAGAUUGGAUGACCAUGUAUGCCCCGCCGGGUUCGACCGCUCCCGGAGGCCGGAGGAGGAGAGGGGGCACCUCCCUGCCCAAGCAGCCGGAGCGGAGCCUGGUGUCAGCCCUGCCCGGAGCCCUGUCCAUCACUGCGCUGUGUACGGCUCUUGCGGAGCCGGCCUGGCUCCGGGUUCACGGAGGCACCUGUCCUAGACAAGAGCUGGGGGUGGCAGAUGUCCUGGGGUACAUUGAUCCCAAGCUACUGGAUGAUUACUGUGUGAACCCGCAGACCAUCUUGUUGCUGAGGGUGAUCGCUGCCUUUUGUUUCCUGGGCAUCCUGUGCAGUCUGACUGCAUUCCUCUUGGAUGUGUUUGGACCUAAACACCCUGCUCUCAAGAUCACAAGAAGAUAUGCAUUUGCACAUAUUCUCACAGUGCUGCAGUGUGCCACGGUUAUAGGGUUCUGCUACUGGGCCUCAGAGCUUAUCCUGUCACUACAGCAACAACACAAAAAAUACCACGGCUCUCUCAUAUAUGUCACUUUUGCCAUCAGCUUCUACCUGGUGGCAGGGGCCGGCGGAGCCUCGAUCCUCGCCACGGCCGCCAACCUCUUGCGCCACUACCCCACCGAGGAGGAGGAGCAGGCUUUAGAGCUGCUCUCUGAGAUGGAGGACAGCAGUGAAACUUUCCCCGCUGAUUAUGACAUUGCCAAUCAGUUUCAGCCACCACCUGCCUACACGCCAUAAUGCCACCAGACUGGCCUUGUUAACACUUGCUUCUCUCCGAGCACGGCUAUUGGCUUGAUGAGUAAACCCACUCUUUAUCAAAUGGAUAUCGUCGCAAAUACUCUCCAUAAUGAACACAGUGUGCACAGCUAGUGCGCAGACUCCUCGACUGACAGUGCUUGGGUGCAUGAGAGCUUUCUUUAGUGGUGGCAGAAAUUUAGGAGAAAGGUCUUACUUUCACCACUGACGUUGUUAUUGAUUUGCAUGUAAAUGGCUUUUAGGAUUUGGUCCUUACAUGUAAAGCAAACUAAAUUGUAAGGAGUGCUCAACUUGGCUGAUGACAAGUAACUGAUGAAACAGCCACAGCCUGAUCAAUGCCAAUUAUUGGAUGUAUUGCUUUUGGUUGGUCGUGGAUGGAGCUUUGUUAAACAUCAUUUUUGAUUUAAAUUUUUGAUAUGCUUGCCAUGUGAAUGAUUUUAUUUUACUGAUACAUCAAAAAUGCAGAAAUACACUGAGAUUAUUUCAGACGGUUCUUUUAUAUAUUAUAUCAAACAUACCUUUUAUUUAUUAAUUAGUUGUCUGUGCUGUGUCCUCUUUUGUUUCUUUUGCUUUGUAGACAUCUGUCACUGGUUUAGUCUUAUAUGAUUGCAUCUGUGGGUGCGAUAAAGCAAGACAAAAAAACGGGCUGUCAUAAUGUGAGACAGGUCUUUGUGGUGUUUUUUCUAAAGGAAAAAAAAGGUUCAUGGCAUGUGUUGUGUGUUGAGAGCUAACAGCCGCAGAGAAAUUGAGGAACAUUUAGUUGCCAUGUGUCACAGAGCAACAUUUAAUAGCAGGAACCUCACAGUAAUGUUCUUGUAUUUGAUGAUUUUUUUUUUUUUUUUAAACACCCUUAUUUGUACUUUGUGGUUACCAUAUGUGGCAAUUUCAGUAUGUGUUUUCUAUGCAUGAGUUCUUUUGUGUGCAAAUUUUAAACCUUCAGGUGGAAUCUCUAAAGGUAACGACUGAGGCUUAAAGUUGUGAUUGUGGUGAUUCUAGUCGGUCGUGUGUUGUUCUGUUGACGCCAUUUCUGCAUUUUGUUCCCCCAAUUGUUGCUAUACUUUUAUCAUCAUUAUGUAAAUAUUGAUUGUUUAUACAUAAAAAAGUGGUCAUAAUAAAAUAAAUGCCCUA